AUGCAUACAACGGAGAGCCAGCGACUUCCUUCGACGGCUCUCCAUUUCGUUCCCAACCGUCCGUUGCCUCCCCGUUCACUUUGACCUUUCCGUUUGUACAUAAAAAGAAGGGGAUGAAGAAAUAACUUUUGAUCGUUAGCUCCCGUGAUUAGGACUGAAUUUCCCAAUCUGUUUUUCUCACGGAAUCUCCUGAAGGACAGUAAAGACUUCAUGAACCAGUCGAAGAACAAGUGAUUGCCCCGCCUUUUUUUGUUUGUUUGUUUUUUGUGUUUUGGUUUUUUUUCUUUUGGUCCUGGCGGAUGCUGUGACUGGGUGUUGCGUGGACAGGGUUGGAGCACGCUAUGGCGGAUGUUGACCCAGACACACUAUUGGAGUGGCUGCAGAUGGGGCAAGGUGAUGAGCGCGACAUGCAGCUCAUUGCUCUGGAGCAACUUUGCAUGCUGCUGCUAAUGUCGGAUAACGUCGAUCGCUGCUUUGAAACGUGUCCUCCACGGACAUUCCUUCCAGCCCUUUGUAAGAUAUUUCUUGAUGAAAGCGCCCCCGACAAUGUUCUGGAGGUGACGGCCAGGGCCAUCACUUAUUACCUCGAUGUGUCAGCUGAGUGCACACGCAGGAUAGUUGGAGUGGAUGGGGCCAUCAAAGCUCUCUGUAACCGACUGGUGGUGGUGGAGCUCAACAAUAGGACCAGCAGAGACCUGGCUGAGCAGUGUGUAAAGGUGCUGGAGCUGAUCUGCACAAGGGAGUCUGGUGCUGUGUUUGAGGCUGGUGGACUGAACUGUGUACUGAGCUUCAUUAGGGACAGCGGGCACCUGGUCCAUAAGGACACCCUGCACUCAGCCAUGGCAGUGGUCUCUCGUCUGUGCAGUAAGAUGGAACCGCAAGACUCCUCCCUGGAGACCUGUGUGGAGUCCCUGUCCAGUCUACUCAAGCAUGAGGACCACCAGGUUUCUGAUGGAGCCCUGCGCUGCUUUGCCUCAUUGGCGGACCGUUUCACUAGGCGUGGAGUGGACCCUGCGCCGCUGGCCAAGCACGGCCUCACAGAAGAGCUGCUGUCUCGCAUGGCUGCAGCUGGAGGCCUGGCUGCUGGUCCCUCCUCUACUUGCAAGCCUGGCCGGACCUCCACUGGAGCCGCCCCAUCUGCAGCUGACUCCAAGCUCAGCAAUCAGGUGUCGACUAUUGUCAGCCUGCUCUCCACGCUGUGCAGGGGCUCACCACUUGUCACGCAUGACCUGCUGCGCUCUGAACUCCCCGACUCCAUGGAGAGUGCCCUGCAGGGUGACGAACGCUGUGUACUAGACACCAUGCGCCUCGUGGACCUGCUCCUGGUGCUUCUGUUUGAGGGCCGUAAGGCAUUGCCCAAAUCCACUGCUGGUUCCACAGGCCGCAUCCCAGGCUUGCGGCGGCUUGACAGCUCAGGCGAACGCUCCCACCGGCAGCUCAUUGAUUGUAUCCGCAGCAAAGACACGGAUGCACUCAUCGAUGCCAUCGACACUGGGGCAUUUGAAGUGAAUUUUAUGGAUGAUGUUGGGCAAACACUCUUGAAUUGGGCCUCUGCAUUUGGGACACAGGAAAUGGUGGAGUUCCUGUGUGAGAGGGGUGCUGAUGUCAACAGAGGUCAAAGGUCAUCCUCUUUGCACUACGCUGCCUGUUUUGGACGGCCCCAAGUAGCCAAGACUUUGUUGCGCCAUGGAGCCAACCCUGAUCUGAGGGACGAAGAUGGCAAAACUCCAUUGGACAAGGCCAGGGAACGGGGCCACAGUGAGGUCGUUGCUAUCCUUCAGUCUCCUGGAGACUGGAUGUGUCCUGUGAACAAGGGGGAUGACAAGAAAAAGAAGGACACGAAUAAAGAAGAAGAUGAGGGCAGUGAGCCGAAAGGAGACCCUGAGAUGGCACCAAUCUAUCUGAAGAGGCUGCUUCCAGUAUUUGCACAAACCUUUCAGCAAACCAUGCUGCCUUCAAUAAGAAAAGCUAGCUUAGCAUUGAUCAGGAAGAUGGUGCACUACAGUUCUGAAGUGCUGCUUAAGGAAGUGUGUGACUCUGAUGCUGGACACAACCUGCCCACCGUCCUGGUAGAGAUCACUGCUACCGUGCUGGAUCAGGAGGAUGAUGACGAUGGUCACUUGCUGGCACUGCAGAUCAUUCGUGAUCUGGUUGAUAAGGGAGGAGAUGUGUUCUUGGACCAGUUGGCCAGGCUAGGUGUCAUCAAUAAGGUGUCUACAAUGGCAGGUCCCACGUCUGAUGAUGAGAAUGAGGAAGAAUCCAAGCCUGAAAAGGAGGAUGAGCCCCAGGAGGAUGCCAAAGAGAUUCAGCAAGGCAAGCCUUACCACUGGAGGGACUGGUCCAUCAUCAGAGGCAGGGACUGCUUGUAUAUCUGGAGUGAUGCUGCUGCACUAGAGCUCUCUAAUGGCAGCAAUGGUUGGUUUCGUUUCAUCCUGGAUGGUAAACUAGCAACCAUGUACUCCAGUGGCAGCCCAGAAGGGGGUUCUGACAGUUCAGAGAGCCGGAGUGAAUUUCUGGAGAAGCUGCAGCGUGCCAGGAGUCAGGUGAAGCCAGUCACAGCCAGCCAACCUAUUCUGUCAACACUUGGGCCCACUAAACUUACUGUGGGCAACUGGUCCCUCACUUGUCUGAAAGAGGGUGAAAUUGCCAUCCAUAAUUCAGAUGGUCAGCAGGCCACCAUCUUGAAGGAAGACCUGCCAGGCUUUGUGUUCGAGUCUAAUCGAGGCACUAAGCAUUCCUUCACCGCUGAAACAUCCCUAGGGUCAGAAUUUGUGACUGGCUGGACUGGAAAACGUGGAAGGAAGCUGAAAUCAAAACUGGAAAAAACAAAACAAAAGGUGAAAACCAUGGCAAGAGAUCUGUAUGAUGACCACUUUAAGGCUGUUGAAAGUAUGCCCAGGGGUGUAGUGGUCACCCUGAGGAACAUUGCCACACAGCUGGAGUCUGCCUGGGAGCUGCAUACCAACAGACAGUGUAUUGAGGGUGAGAACACAUGGCGAGAUCUCAUGAAAACAGCUUUAGAAAAUUUGAUAGUAGUUCUCAAGGAUGAGAACACCAUCUCUCCUUAUGAAAUGUGCAGCAGUGGCCUCGUGCAAGCACUUUUUACUGUCCUUAACAAUAAUGUUGAACUUGACAUGAAGCAUGAUUGUAAGCCAUUGAUGGAAAGAAUAAAUGUGUUUAAGACUGCUUUCAGUGAAAAUGAAGAUGAUGAAAGCCGACCUGCAGUUGCCUUAAUCCGUAAACUGAUUGCAGUCUUGGAGUCUAUAGAACGGCUACCACUUCACUUGUAUGACACACCUGGCUCAACAUACAAUUUGCAGAUUCUGACGAGAAGACUGCGCUUCCGGUUGGAGCGGGCUCCUGGCGAGACAGCCCUGAUUGAUCGGACAGGCAGGAUGCUAAAGAUGGAACCUCUUGCUACUGUCGAGUCUUUGGAGCAGUACCUGCUUAAAAUGGUGGCGAAACAGUGGUAUGAUUUUGACAGGGCCUCCUUCAUCUUUGUCAGGAAGCUCCGUGAAGGCCAGAGCUUCACCUUCAGACACCAGCAUGACUUUGAUGAGAAUGGGAUUGUGUACUGGAUUGGCACGAAUGCAAAGACUGCAUACGAGUGGGUGAACCCUGCUGCUUAUGGCCUGGUAGUGGUGACCUCCUCUGAAGGCAGGAACUUGCCCUAUGGCCGACUCGAAGACAUCCUGAGCAGAGACAGCUCAGCUCUCAACUGCCACACCAAUGACGACAAGAAUGCUUGGUUCGCUGUGGACCUGGGCCUGUGGGUCAUCCCCUCAGCUUACACCCUGCGCCACGCUCGAGGAUAUGGUCGCUCUGCCCUCCGCAACUGGGUAUUUCAAGUGUCUAAAGAUGGCCAAAACUGGAUGACUCUCUACACCCAUGUGGAUGAUGGCAGUCUCAAUGAACCUGGAUCUACUGCCACAUGGCCUCUGGACCCAUCAAAAGACGAGAAGCAAGGCUGGAGACACAUUCGCAUCAAGCAGAUGGGGAAGAAUGCUAGUGGGCAAACACAUUACCUUUCACUGUCUGGACUGGAGAUCUAUGGCACCGUCACAGGGGUGUGUGAAGACCAGCUUGGUAAAGCAGUGAAAGAGGCAGAGGCAAACCUGCGUAGGCAGCGUCGGCUAUUCCGGUCUCAGGUGAUGAAGUACAUAGUUCCAGGUGCUCGGGUUGUACGUGGGAUUGACUGGAAAUGGAGGGACCAAGAUGGCAAUCCUCCUGGAGAGGGCACUGUGACUGGAGAGGCCCACAAUGGCUGGAUUGAUGUUACCUGGGAUGCCGGUGGUUCAAACUCGUACCGUAUGGGUGCAGAAGGGAAGUUUGACCUCAAGCUUGCGCCAGGGUACGACCCUGAAUCAGCGCCAUCACCCAAACCUGUCUCAUCCACUGUUACAGGCACCCCGCAGUCCUGGAGCAGCCUGGUGAAAAAUAACUGUCCGGACAAGGGUGGCCCGUCCUCUGCGGCGGGGGCCAGCUCCUCCAGCCGGAAGGGCAGUAGCAGCUCGGUGUGUAGCGUGGCCAGCAGCAGUGAUAUCAGUCUGAGCUCCGCCCGGAUGGAACGCAGGGUGGAGGGCCUGCUGGAGCAGGGGGUGGGCGUCGGUGGAGGAGUGCCGGGUGUAGAGGGUCAAGAGCCAGUUGUUGUGCUCUCCUCAGCGGAGGCUGGCUCUGGCUCUGGCUCAAGUACCAGCACGCUCACGGCAGAUGGUGGAAGUGAAAGUGCUGAGCGCAAAGCGACUGCCCCUGAUGGGACCCUGCGCCAGUCAGCUGAAUCAGCUGCCAUUUCCAUGGGACUCGUUAGCGUCAGCUCGCCUGAUGUCAGCUCUGUAUCGGAGUCGUCCAGCAAGGAUGCACCCUCACAGAGGCCUCUGUGCUCAGCCACCAGCGCCCGGCUAUCAGUCAGCUCUCUUCUGGCUGCUGGCGCGCCCAUGAGCUCCAGUGCCAGUGUGCCUAACCUGUCAUCGCGUGAAGCCAGCCUCAUGGAGUCUUUUGUGCGCAGGGCACCAAACAUGUCUCGCACCAAUGCCACCAACAACAUGAACCUGAGCCGUAGCAGCAGUGACAAUAACACAAAUACACUGGGCCGCAACGUCAUGGGGACUGCCACCUCUCCUCUCAUGGGUGCACAGAGCUUUCCUAACCUUACAACCACUGGUACCACCUCAACUGUUACAAUGUCCACCUCCAUAGUAACCAGCAGCAAUAAUGUAGCCACGGCAACUACAGGUUUGUCCGUCGGCCAGUUGCUCAGUAACACGCUGACGACCAGCCUGACCUCAACAUCUAGCGAGAGCGACACAGGUCAGGAGGCUGAGUUUUCCCUCUAUGACUUUUUGGACAGUUGUCGGGCAAACACCCUGCUCGCUGAGUUGGAUGAUGAGGAGGACUUGCCUGAACCAGACGACGACGACGACGAGAAUGAAGAUGACAACCAGGAGGACCAGGAGUAUGAGGAAGUACUGGUACGGUCCAGGGUCAACCUUGGUUACCACGUUCAUAUACAUAGGGAGGAAGAGGAGUAUGAAACCAAAGGGGGCCGGCGUAGGACUUGGGACGACGACUUUGUACUGAAGCGGCAGUUCUCUGCUUUAGUGCCUGCAUUCGACCCCCGACCAGGCCGGACCAAUGUCCAGCAAACCACUGACCUGGAGAUCCCUAUACCAGGUACCCCUCGCUCAGAGGUGCAGGAGGAGGUGGAAUGUGCCCCCUCCCCCCACCUGGCUCUUAUCCUGAAGGUGGCAGGGCUAGGAACCACACGGGAAGUAGAACUACCUCUGUCCAACUACAAAUCCACAAUCUUUUACUACGUCCAAAAGCUGCUACAACUCUCUUGUAAUGGCAGCAUCAAAUCUGACAAGCUUCGGCGCAUCUGGGAGCCUACAUACACGAUAAUGUACAGAGAGUUAAAGGACUCUGACAAAGAGAAAGAAAGCGGGAAGAUGGACUUCUGUGAGAGGGGCUGCAGGUCAUCGGGACUCUGCUCGGGCUCCUUGUCGGCCACGCAGAGCUGCGACAUCCUGAGCAGCGUGCGAGAGCAGGCGCAGGCCAAGGCAGGACCAGGCCAGAGUGCCUGUGGUGUGGAGGACGUGCUGCAGCUCCUGCGCAUUCUCUUCAUCAUCGGUGGAGAGCCUUCGGCUGGCCGCACGCUGCAGGAAGAUAUUGAUGAUCUACAGUUCAAUGCAUCACCUGAGGAGUUCACCAGCAAAAAAAUUACAACCAAAAUUCUGCAACAGAUUGAGGAGCCUCUAGCCUUGGCCAGCGGAGCUCUCCCAGACUGGUGUGAGCAGUUGACCAGCAAGUGUCCUUUCCUCAUCCCCUUUGAGACACGACAGCUCUUCUUCACCUGCACUGCAUUUGGAGCGUCCAGGGCGAUAGUCUGGCUACAGAAUCGAAGAGAAGCUACCAUGGAGCGGUCACGGCCUUCUACCACAGUUCGUCGGGAUGACCCUGGCGAGUUCCGGGUGGGCCGACUUAAGCAUGAGCGUGUCAAAGUGCCACGAGGAGAGAGCAUGAUGGAGUGGGCCGAGAGUGUCAUGCAGAUUCAUGCUGACAGGAAGUCUGUACUGGAGGUGGAGUUCCAAGGAGAAGAGGGUACUGGCCUGGGGCCAACACUGGAGUUCUACGCCCUCAUAGCUGCAGAGUUCCAGAGGACCUCUUUGGGUAUCUGGCUGUGUGAUGAUGACUUCCCAGAUGAUGAGUCGCGUCAGGUUGACUUAGGAGGUGGUCUGAAGCCCCCAGGCUAUUAUGUGCAGCGCUCCUGUGGCCUUUUCCCUGCUCCCUUCCCUCAGGACAGUGAUGAUCUAGAGCGCAUUACCAAGCUCUUCCUUUUCCUGGGAAUCUUCCUGGCCAAGUGCAUUCAAGACAACCGACUUGUUGACCUCCCCAUCUCCCAGCCAUUCUUCAAGCUGCUCUGCAUGGGAGACAUUAAGAGCAAUAUGAGCAAACUCCUGUACCAGACACGUGGGGAGUCAGAUCGCUACUUCUCUGAGAUCCAGUCAGAAGCCUCCACUGAGGAGGGUCAGGACACUUACUCAAUGGGCAGCUUCGAUGAGGACUCAAAGUCUGAAUUCAUCCUUGACCCUCCAAAGCCCAAACCUCCUGCGUGGUACCAUGGCAUCCUGACCUGGGAAGACUUUGAGCUAGUAAACCCUCACAGGGCUCGGUUCCUGAAGGAGAUAAAGGAUUUGGCAGUUAAAAGGAGGCAAAUCCUAGGGAGCAAGAGUCUCUCUGAGGAUGAGAAGAAUACCCGGCUACAGGAUCUCAUGCUGAAGAACCCUAUGGGCUCUGGCCCACCGCUCAGCGUGGAAGAUCUGGGAUUAAAUUUCCAGUUCUGUCCUUCAUCCAAAGUACAUGGCUUUUCAGCAGUGGACCUUAAGCCCAACGGGGAAGAUGAGAUGGUUACCAUGGACAAUGCAGAGGAGUAUGUGGAGCUGAUGUUUGACUUCUGCAUGCACACUGGAAUCCAGAAGCAAAUGGAAGCAUUCAGAGAGGGCUUUAACAGGGUUUUUCCUAUGGAGAAACUAAGCUCAUUUAGUCAUAAAGAGGUCCAGAUGAUUCUCUGUGGGAACCAGUCUCCCUCCUGGACAGCUGAGGAUAUUGUCAAUUACACAGAGCCCAAACUGGGCUACACUAGAGACAGUCCUGGUUUCCUACGCUUUGUGCGAGUACUGUGUGGGAUGUCCUCAGAUGAGAGGAAAGCAUUCCUCCAGUUCACAACAGGUUGCUCCACUCUGCCUCCUGGUGGACUAGCCAACUUGCACCCCCGUCUCACAAUAGUCCGCAAGGUGGAUGCAACAGAUGCCAGCUAUCCCUCUGUAAACACGUGUGUGCACUACCUGAAGUUGCCAGAGUAUUCCUCUGAGGAGAUCAUGAGGGAGCGUCUCCUUGCUGCCACCAUGGAAAAGGGCUUCCACCUCAACUGAGCAUGCUCUCCCUGCAAAACUGACCAAUUCCCUGUACUGAUGAAGCCUGUCCUGUUUUUGUUGCAGAGAAAAACUAAAAUAAAAAACCUGUGCUCUUAGAGAAUUAUCAAUCAAAACAGCCUACAUCUACACCAUAAGGAAUAUCAUCUCAACUCUUGCUAUCGAAAUGGAUUAUGGCAAUGCCCCCUGCCCAUCUUUUGCCAACCCAGUCACACCUAUCUUUUUGGGGUACUGCACUGCUUUAAGGGCUCGAGCCUCAAGUUCUCCUUUGUUACUCAUGUCCUAGCUCUGAGUGUCUAUUUAAAGUCCAGCCUCAGCCCUCUUCACAUCCCCACAUUCAACCAUCUUAAACAUAUCAGACCCUGGUUUCCUGGGGACGACAAACACCUACUUCUGUAGAGCAAACAAGUUAGGGCAUUUCCAGGUUUUAAGUUUUACUAGUGCAUUGUUUGAAAUACUAAUUUUCCCCCUUCCUUGGUUUUGCUUAUUCUGUCAGCACACAAUCAUGCACACGUUUCUCUCUUCUGAACCCCAUACACAUUUGUUACUGAGUUUCAGUUGUUCAUUACCUGGCUAAAAGGAUCAAAGUCCCUGAGUGCAUUUGUGUAAUUUUACAAAAAAGCUGUAGAGACAAAAAAACACUGGUUCUGUGUGCAAGGCACAU